AUGUCUGACGCCAGCGCACCCCUCAUCGACACCAUGGGCAACCAGCAGCACCAAACCCCCCAACCACCAUCCGGCCUCACCACCACCUCCAUCGCCGCCCUCUCCGCCAUCAAAAUCGCCCUCGGCGCAUCCUCCAUCCUCGCGCCGCAGCUCGCAUACAGCCUCUUCCUCCUCGAGCUGAAACCCAACGCCGUCGUCGUCGCGCGCCUCUUCGGCUCCAGCUGCGCGGCCCUCGGCGCCGCGACCUGGGCCCUCAACCGGCGCGUCUCCCGCGCUGGCGCCUAUCGCCAGGGCGACGGCAGCGGGAGCCGCAACGCUGAACUAGAGGCGGAGCGCCGCGCGGAUCUCAAAAAGGUGGUCGCGUUCAACCUCGCCGCCGACUCGGUGGACGUGGUCAGCUGCGUCAUCGGGUACUCGGCGGGCAUGUAUGGCUUGGGCGCCUUUGGUAUGCUGGGCGGAGGUUGUGCGGCGCUUGCGCUGCUGGGCGCCGUGGGUUUGAGCGGGCUUUAG